CUCUUGUCUUCUCCGCCAUCCUCUGCGAGGUUGAGUUAGCUCCUCAGCAUGUCUUCUCACAAGACUUUCAGGAUCAAGCGAUUCCUGGCCAAGAAACAAAAGCAGAAUCGUCCCAUUCCCCAAUGGAUUCGAAUGAAAACUGGUAAUAAAAUCAGGUACAACUCCAAGAGAAGACAUUGGAGAAGAACCAAGCUGGGUCUGUAAAGAGCCUCGCAUAAGAAGUGGCACACAU